AUGUCGACUCAAAGAGAAGGUGUCAAUCCUCUGAGGCCGUACUAUAUCCCUCCCUCAAUUGGAGAACCCGCUGAGACCGUCAACAAGUCGAGCCCUAGCCCGAACCCAUUCCCAGAUGGACGACAUGUGACUGCCGCCGGUGAACGAUAUGCCUCUAAGGCACGCGAUAUUCUCUCCGACCUUGAAUACAAUGAUUACCUAGGCGAUACCUCGCCGUCGAUGGUCCAGAAUGUUAAGGACCUUAUCGACGAGCUGAUAUGGAAAUACAGCUCGGUCCUCAUGGCCCAGCCAUUCGAGGUAGCAAAGACCUUGUUGCAAGUUCGAAACCAGGAUGAAAAUGCUGUGUAUGGACUUCCCGAGGUGCCAGUGACCCCUAAGAAGCUUGUCACUCCUCCCAGAAGCUCCAUGUAUGAUUUUAAAGACUCCGACUCUGAGGGCGAAGAGCCUGAUUACUUCUCCUCGAAUAUCCCCUCGAACCCCCACGAUUCUCCAUGGGGAUCAAGCUCUCGGAGGGCUCCGUCACCCGUGAAGAAGCCGGUUAUUCCAGAACAUUUCCUUCAGCUUCGACGACCAGACUCGAUUCUCGAAGUAAUCGGUCAGCUAUGGACAAAAGAAGGUGCUUGGGGAGUGUGGAAGGGAUCAAAUGCCACAUUUCUGUAUACGGUGCUGCAGUCACUGCUGGAAAACUGGAGUCGAAGCUUCCUCAGUGCAAUCUUUAAUGUCCCAGACAUGGGUGUUAGAGAAGAUAUUGAUCGUGUGAUCGAUAUCGCUUCGCCUUAUCCUUGGGCAUCUCUUUUUGUUGCCGCGACAGCUGCUGUGGUUACAGGACUUGUUCUGUCACCAUUGGAUUUGGUGCGAACCAGACUCAUCGUCACUCCGAGCACAAACGGCCAGCGCAGGACGCUGGCUACCCUCAGAAACCUACCAUCCUACCUCUGCAACUCGAUGCUGGUAGUCCCAACCAUCCUUCACUCCUUGAUUCACCCUCUCAUCACCCUCUCAACACCUCUUGUUCUCCGAACUCAGUUCAUGAUCGACAGCCAGGUCUCACCUAUGGCUUUCUCUAUCUCCAAAUUCCUCGCUUCCUCAUCUGCGAUUUUCCUCAAGCUGCCCAUUGAGACUGUCCUCCGACGUGGACAACUCUCGGUUCUAACAAGCCAGGAGUACAUCCAAGCUUUGAGUCCCGACCAGGAAUUCACCACUAUUGUUCCUCCUGGACGUUAUGAAGGCACUUUCGGUACCAUGUUCCACAUCGUAAACGACGAGGGAACUCAUGAGGCCCCCGUCCCGGCAGCUGCAGCAAAGAAGAGCAAGGCCAAGACUAAGGGUGUUGCUGCAACAGUCUACAAGGGUCAGGGUCGCCAGGGACUGUGGAGGGGCUGGAAGGUCAACUGGUGGGGUCUCGUUGGUCUCUGGACUGCGAGCGUGGUAGGCCGUGGCGGCGAGGGCGAGUUUUAA